UCCACUUAAUUCAUCAUCGUUCCCAACACACACUACUCCAUUGUCCCACACUAAUCAACCCUUCUCGGCGAGGCAGGCAGCCGGUCUAUCUUGGCUGCCUCCGCCGUUAACCACCAGACGCACAUACAUUUCAUAAAUUUUCUUUAAUUAAAUACCAUUUUGGGUAUCAUUGACUAUAAAUAUAUAGAGAGGUGUAAAUAAAUAUAUAUGGGGGAAGUAGAGCGAGCACGAUUCUUGCAGGUAGAAACAGAACUAAAGAAUGUGGCAUUCUCAGGAGCGGAUUUGAAGAAAAGGAAGCGGUUGUCGAAGCAGUUGUCGAUGUGUAAUGAAGCGCCACGAGACAUUGCGUGGGAGAGAAGAAGGAGGCAAGAGAGAGGAAGCAGGUGUAACAAUAAGACGAGGGCUAGGAGGAACAGCUUUCACAUUUGCGAUGGCAUCACCGACGAUGAUCUUCACGAGCUUAAAGGAUGCAUAGAAUUAGGGUUUGGUUUCAACGAGGAAGAUGGCCAGAAACUGUGCAACACCUUGCCGGCUCUCGACCUCUACUUCGCCGUCAACCGCCAGCUCUCGCCGAGUCCGGUCUCCACCCCUCACAGCCGCCACUCUUCCUCCUUUGGCAGCCCUGUCAAUGCACCGCUACCACCGCCUGACUCUGAUUCUUGGAAGAUUUGUAACCCAGGGGACGACCCUGAACAUGUAAAGACCAAGUUGAGGCACUGGGCUCAGGCUGUAGCAUGUUCUGUUAUGCAAGGAGAAGCACGUGUUUGUGACUGGUGGCCUAUAUAUAAAAUCAAAGUGAGUCUACAAGGUUUCGUUAGUCUUUGCAAAUUCAAAACAACUAAUUGCAAACCAAACCCUUCCUUCUUCUUCUUCACUAUGGCUCCCGAUGCUUCUGACGCACUUGCAGUGAGGAAGAAAGUUCAAUUGUUUCUGAACGCCGCGCGCACAGGCGCAAUCGAUCUCUUAAAGAAGUUGGCGGAGCAACUGGACGAGGGCAAGGAUUUGGCCAAAACUGUGGAAGCAAUUAAGGACGCCAACAAGAGAGGAGCACUGCAUUUUGCCGCGCGUGAAGGCCAAACUGCUGUUUGCGAGUAUCUCUUAGUUGAUUUGAACCUCGCCGUCGAUUCUCGAGAUGACGAUGGCGAGACUGCUCUCAUUCAUGCUGCCCGUCAGGGACACACCGCAACGGCUAAGUAUCUGAUUGACCAUGGUGCCGAUCCCACUGUAGCUAGCAAUUUAGGGGCUACGGCCUUGCACCAUGCUGCAGGGAUAGGAGAUACUGAGCUGCUCAAGUACUUGCUGUCCAAGGGGGUUAAUCCUGAUCUAGAAAGUGAUGCCGGAACGCCUUUGGUCUGGGCUGCUGGUCAUGCCCAACCACCUGCUGUCAGUGUUCUAUUGGAACAUGGUGCUAAUCCUAAUGCUGAAACUGAAGAUGGUAUUACACCACUCCUUUCAGCUGUUGCAGCUGGUUCUCUGGCAUGCUUAGAGCUGUUAAUUCAGGCAGGUGCUAAAGUAAAUAUAAGUGCUGGUGGAGCAACUCCUUUGCACAUUGCAGCUGAUAAUGGAAGUCUAGAACUAAUAAAUUGCUUAUUGAAAGCUGGAGCUGAUCCUAAUGUCUUUGACGAGGAUGGUGUCAAGCCAGUACAGGUUGCUGCUGCAAGGGGCCACCGUGGAAUUGUUGAGAUAUUGUUCCCCUUGACAUCCAAAAUAGACACUGUUUCUACUUGGACUAUUGAUGGGAUACUUGAGUAUAUGCAAUCUGAAACUAAAGAGCAACAGGAUGAAAUGGUAAAUGCUAAAGAAAUUAAUCAGGCCAAUACUUUUCCGGAGCAAAAUGUCCCUGAGGUGUCCCCUGAAGCCAAAAAGAGAGCAGCAGAAGCAAAGUCAAGAGGAGAUGAGGCCUUUAAAAGAAACGACUAUCAUAUGGCAAUAGAUUGUUAUACACAAGCAAUUGAUCUGAACCCCAUUGAUGCUGCUACUUUGCUAUCCAAUAGAAGUCUCUGUUGGAUUAGGUUGGGUCAAGCUGAUCAUGCUUUAGCUGAUGCGAAGGCCUGUAGAGCUUUAAGACCAGAUUGGCCAAAAGCUUGUUACAGGGAAGGGGCAGCUCUGCGUGUGUUGCAGAAAUUUGAUGAAGCUGCAAAUGCUUUUUAUGAGGGAGUAAAGCUUGAUCCUGAAAAUAAGGAGCUUGUAAAUGCUUUCAGGGAAGCUGUCGAGGCUGGGAGGAAAUUUCAUGGCACAGCUGAAAAGUGAAAACAAAACAUAGUUGCUAACACCAUGUUUCAGAGAGAAGAUAUCCAAGCAUUGUGGAUGGUGCUGCCUUGUUCACUUAAUACAUUUUUUUCCCACAAUUUUGUGUGCGCGUGCGGAUGUUUUCUUUCGAGAGAUAGUCGUACAGGAAGAUUUAUAGUAAUUAGAAAGGUUAUGCUUAUUUGCAGAAUUAGUAAAUUAUAAAAUGGCAAUUGCAUGGGUUCAAAGUUCUAUCACUAGUUUUAUUUUUGGUGAUUAUGUGUGAAUGAUUUCAUGGGUAUUCCUCCCAUACUGUUGUAGGGUUCGUUUGUUUUAAAAUUCAGAAAAUUUGAUUUUAUUUGUAUAAAGGAGGUCUUUUGCUUUCA